UCUCAAGUAGGAGUAUAAGUUUCGUCCAUCUCUUUCUUUCUUCAUUCUCUGUCACCAUACUAAUCACUAAAACUAGAAAACCCCAAUUUAUACAGUAAACCGAUAAUCCAAACUUCCUCCUUAAUCCUUUUAUUUUCAUUCAGAAUGAAUACUAUUCCUGGGUUUCUCCAAACAUCAUACUCUCUGGGUUUAUCUAAAAGUAAUCAAUUUUACCCCAUUCAACCAUCUAUUCUUAAUUCUAGAGUUUCUGUUAUCUCUUAUCCAUCCAACACAACUAUAAAGAGAGAUUCUGUGUUGGUGGCUAAACCAGAUAGGCUGCAAAGGUCAUCCCUUAAAGCUGUUGUCGGUGAUGCAGCUUCUGCAAUACCAAAUGAUUGUGCUGAAGAGCCCAUAUCGUUAUUCAGUCAACCUGAUCAAGCAUUUGCUCAUGAAGGAUUAGCUGAAGAACAUAGUGAAAAUGGCAAUGAAGAAGGUGAUGCAGAUUGUUUAGAUGACAGUCAAAUGGUGAAAGUUUGUGACAAGCUAAUUGGUGUCUUCAUGGUUGAUAAGCCCACUCUAACAGAUUGGAGAAGGUUACUUGCUUUCAGCAAGGAAUGGAACAAUAUCAGGCCUCAUUUCUUUAAGCGGUGCCAAAUAAAAGCAGAUGCUGAGGAUGAUCCUGGAUUAAAACACAAUUUGCUUCGGCUAGGAAGGAAGUUGACAGAAAUUGAUGAAGAUAUGCAGAGACAUAACAAUCUGCUUGAAGUAGUGAAAGCAGCACCAGCUGAGAUCAAAGAAGUUGUUGCAAAACGACGUAAAGAUUUCACCAAGGAAUUCUUUGUACACCUUCAGACGGUAACGGAAUCUUAUUACGAAGAUCCCACCAAGCAAGCUGCUUUGGCAAAGCUUGGAACUUCGUGCUUGGAUGCAGUACAAGCCUAUGAUACUCUUUCAGAAGAUAGAGAAGCACUGAAUGUGGCUGAGUUGAAGUUUCAAGAUAUCGUCAAUUCCCCUAGUUUAGAUGUUGCUUGCAAGAAGAUAGACAAUUUGGCUGAGAAAAACCAACUUGAUUCUGCUCUAGUGCUAAUGAUCACCAAAGCCUGGUCAGCUGCUAAGGAGUCAAACAUGGCAAAAGAUGAGGUUAAGGAUACAUUGUACCACUUGUAUAUGACUGCAAGAGGUAAUCUUCAGAGGCUAAUGCCUAAAGAGAUCAGAAUACUUAAAUAUCUUCUCACCAUUGAGGAUCCUGAGCUGAGGAUAUCUGGUCUAAAAGAUGCAUUUACCCCUGGAGAUGAACUAGAAGGAAAGGACGUUGACUGUCUGUACACAACGCCGGAGAAGCUUCAUACCUGGAUAUGCACUAUAAUAAAUGCUUACAACUUCAGCCAAGAAGGUACUCUUAUCAGAGAAGCCAGAGAUUUGAUGAAUCCAACAAUCAUACAAAGAUGUGAAGAACUGAAGAAACUAAUCCAGGACAAGUUCAUGUGAGCUUCUGCAUUCCAUAAUAGUAUUUCAGUUUUGAAAGUAUCAGUAUGAUGAUUAUGGAAACAAUGUAACCAUACAAGUGUAAAGAUAUCUAACUCCUUUAAAAUCCUAAGCUCCUUAGGCUCUA